AUGGCACCCGACCUUAAUUCACUUCCACCAUCAUCACCAUCAGCAAUACGUCCGCGCAUCAUGACAUCUUCAAAUGGUAACGGAGACUCAGCUAUUCGUGGAGAGUCAGCAUCACCUUCUCCUCGAUCUGCUUCAACUUCACUGCAAGCUGCCGCUACUAUGAAUGCCGGUCUUCAACAUGAACCUAUGAGACGUUCCUCGAGCAGUUCUUUGUCACGACAGCGACAAUCACCACAAAUGGGCCGACGCCGUUCCACCGUUUUGAUGAACCUACAACUCAAUGACCCAUCUCUCCCUGGCCCGGGCGAGAUGGUUGCAGAAGGUGGAGGUAGCGUGCAUAGCACAUCCAGCCCUCAGCCCAUGGCUAUGUCCCCCCUUCUCGGCGGCAGCGGCGGCGAUCCCCACCACAAUAGAGCCCCCAGUUUAGGGGAGCUACAUCAAGAACUUGAAGCAGAGCAAGAGGCGCAAGUGAAUCGCCUAUUGCAGAUGAUUCGCCAACAACAACUCCAACUACAGCAGCUCCAGGCCGCUCAAGGCCACAGUCAUACAAGCGUGGCGGCUGAGGAUGCGACUCCUACGUCGGAGAGAUCUAGUUCGGCGAUUCUUCCGACUCCAAUUACGCAACCUAUCUUCCCAGCCCUUUCGAGUUCGGUCCCUCGCUCGCCUGUUUUGUCGCACCCUCGCUCUUCCUUUGAUAUAGCCCGCGAUGCUCUCCAUCGUAGAUCCAGAACACCAAGUCGUGGUGCACCUUCUCCUAGGAUGAGAUCGACGUCUAUUAGUGGAGAAAAUGGAGAGCCACAUCUUUCUGGGGUUCGUGAUGAAAUUGCGUAUUAUCAGGCCGAAACUCAGUCUUUGAGUCGCGAGAACCAGAUGUUGCACCACAGAAUUCGAGAACUAGAACGACAACUGGGCGAGGUUCAUGCAAAUGCUUCGCUAACACGGGAACCGGCGCAUCAUUCGCAUCUUACACAGUCUACAUCGGUGUCAGAGGAAGAGGGAGCAACAGGGUCGUCUUCCACUACAGCAGCGUCUGCUGGCACUGCUCAGCCUACUGCGAGUGUGGAGACUGUCAAGGACGAAUAA